AGGAAAUGACGUCUUCCUGUGUCGUAUUGGCAGGAAUAGGAAAAAGUGCAUUGCAAUGAAUUAGGUAGCUAAAACGGCAUUUCACCUCAUUCGCAGGUAAACACUGCGUUGAAACCAAGCAAAUCUCAGCUAAACAUGGAUUUUACUCCUUUUCCUUCUGGACCUUUGGUGUGGAAUGUAUUCCUAUUCGUUCCCUUUCACAAUGCUCGAUUGGGGUCAACUGCGUCAGCUGAUUAGUAUUCGUUUCGAUUUUGAAACCGUUUGCAUUGAUUUGAAUACGUCCGACUGCCACGAGAACAUGUUGUGGAUUGGUACCAACAGACGGGAGAAACUGAGGAAAGCGAUCUGAAAAUUGAGACCAAGAAUUGAGCUUACAUCCUGCUUUGGUUGGUGUAGAACUUUCCAAUCCGAAUUUUGUCGAAGGAUUCAAACGAGAUUCGCGGACAACAAUGA